AUGGAUCUUUUCAAGCAAGCGCAAAAGGAAUACUUCAGUCGUAAGGAACAGCAACUGGACGCUGAAGCGUGCGAACACCAGUUGGACAUUGAAGCGUGCAAACAUCAAUUUAUUAAUCUUUCCCAAGUAAUGACAUGCAAUUCAUGCGGAUUGGAAACUUAUCCCGUCUUCGUUUCUGGGAUGGACUGUUGGGACACAGUAAUUUCAAUUUCAUCAGUUAUAGGUAUGAGAAUUGUGGCUGCAGGAGAACUAUAUCACCUUUUGUUUUAUCAAGAGAAAAAAGACAUGAGAUCGUGAGAAAUAUUAAGAAAGUUUACAAUGCAGAGGAGCCCAAAAAGAGGAGGCUCCCUAACCUCAACAUCCUAACUUAUCAAAUAUGUAAAAGACUCGACAUAGAGAUAGAUGAGACGCUACUUAAGAUUCCGAAAAGCAGGGUUUCCCAUAAUCGGUGUAAGAAGAUAUUUCAAGUAUUAGGCUGGGAGUAUAUUGAGUAAGAUUUUAAUGUUCCGCUAAGCAUUAAAAUUGAAAUAGUAAUUUUAGGGUGACGAUGACGAGAAGAACCUCAUCCGUUAUCGAGAACAGCAGGCAGCUGAUCAGACAAAGCCACACCAGUUUCCGUAGCCCGUUUGCAGGAUACACGCGUUAUUUCGCACUGAAAUAAGAAAUGUGACAAGGGAUGAAAUUACAACACGGCGAUGUUUUAUUUUGAAGCCGUAUGUGCUUGCUAAAACGAAGUUAAUGUUAGCUUGAAAUUCGGCAACAUGAUAUGUCUAAGGCUAAAGUGCAUAGCCACUGAAAAAUUUUGUGAAAUAAAAGCCCUAGAGUCUUAUAAAUUGCUAUAGUUUGUAAUAGCAACGUUUCGUAGCAUUAACGCCCCGACUUGACUGGACCUAAUUGUAGUGUUUUGACAUUUGAAGUUCAAGAAAAGCAAGGAAUUAAAAGUGGAAACAUCAUUUAAGUGAAGCAUCACGGGAGUGUGUUACAUGUGGACUAUAUAUUUGGCUAAGUAGAUUUGUGUUGUAAAAAAAGCAAUAAAAUUAAAAGCAAUCGAGCAAGUAAACGAGUGGAAUAGUACAUUGGCGACGAGUAUGGUGAUUUUUCUGUGUCGGUGAGGAGUUUCCUGUUAUUUUAUGUACGUUUGGUGUGAUUUUUUCGAAAGGAUAUGUCGGACAACUAAGCCGUCGAAGGGGCUAGUGCCAGUCAACAAAGUUCUAGCCAAGAAUCGGCUCAAUUUAAGGCAACUGAAAUUAAGGGUCUUCCUUGCUUUAACCCCAGGGAUGACCCGAAUACUCUGUCUAUUCGUUGGAAACGUUGGAAGCGAUCAUUAAACUUAUAUUUACUGGCAAAAGGGAUCACAAUGGACUCGCAAAAGGUAACACUGCUGUUGCAUACUGGGGGGCGAUGAUUUUCAAGAAUUAUAUUUCACAUUGAUACCUGAGAAUGAAGAAAACGGCUUGAAGGAAAGUUUUGAAGUGUUAGAUAAUUAUUUUGUGCCAAAAGUGAAUAUUCCUUUCGAGAGACACUUGUUUAGACAAAUGUUUCAAGUUGCAGGAGAGACGGUGGAUCACAAUUUGUUUGUCGGUUGAGACAGAAAGCUCUCACAUGCGAGUUUGCAGAUGUUGACGAGACAAUAGGAGACCAGCUUAUUGAAAAAUGUAAAAAUGCUAAACUUCGUCGGAAGUUUUUGGAGAAAAUUAAUGCAAGUUUGAAAGAUAUGCAGGAUAGAUAUGCAAGAGCACAUGAAGCGGUUGAAAUUCAGAUGAGAUCUUUGGAGCAGUCUGAUUCACAACAAUCAGAGGACGGUCAAAUAAAUGCAGUCGGUCAAUUCGGCAAGAAAAACCAGAGGGGAAACAAAGAUGGUGUUCAUGGAAACAACACAAGUGGUCGAUAUGGUAGGGGAACAUUUGGUCAAAAAACUGGAACUGAUCAAAGGUGCUUCAACUGUAACCGUGUGUGUCAUUUUGCUCGGGAUACUAUCUGCCCGGCUAGAGAUCAGAGGUGUAAUGAAUGUGGAAUUCGUGGUCAUUUUUCUGCGUGCUGCAGGAAAAAAAAUAGUAAGAUACCACAAGGAUGGAAUCAAGAAGAGGACGAGAGCAGAAAGAAGAAAGUGUAUCAGGUAGAUGAUGAAGAGAAUCCAAGAACCAGGGAGGACUAUGCAUUUGUUGUAGGAGAAAACAGAACAGGUGCAGGGGAGAUUACUCUUAUGAUUGGUGGAAUCCAGCUGGAUGGCGUACUUAUUAACUCUGGUGCUUCAUGUUAUUUGGUUGAUUAUGAAACAUGGACUAAUUGGAAGAAUAAUAAUAUUGAUUGCCAGUCAACAAAGUCCGAGAAGAAGCUGUUUGACUAUGGCCAGAAAGAACCUAUUGAAGUUGCUGGGACAUUUGUGGCUGAAAUUGUAUGCAAGGUUAGUGGUGAGAAAUCCAUAGAGGAGUUCACAGUAAUAAAGGGUGCCGGGAAACCUUUGCUUGGAAAGAGUACUACAGAGAAACUUAAAGUGUUGCAUGUUGGUCCCUUUUAUGGUGCUCAAGUUUGUUCAAUUGCAACGGAAGGAAGUGAUACGGAUAUUCGUGAGGAGUAUGCAGAUACAUUUGUUGGAGUGGGAAAGCUGAAAAAUUAUCAAUUGAAACUGCACAUCAACAAGGAUGUAAAACCAGUAGCACAAGGGGUUCGAAGGCUUCCAUUUGGUCAGCGAGGUAAAGUGGAUGAAAAAUUGGAUGACUUGCUGGCGAAAGAUAUCAUCGAGGAAGUACCGAACAGUCCAACAGAGUGGGUCUCACCUUUGGUGGUGGUGCCAAAACCGGACGGUGAUGUGAGGGUAUGUAUCGAUAUGCGUAAAGCGAAUGAGGCGAUAGCGCGGGAAAGACACCCCAUUCCAACAAAUGAGAAAAUUUUAUAUGACCUCAAUAGUGCAACCGUUUUCAGCAAGCUUGAUUUGAAAUGGGGGUUUUACCAGAUUGAGCUAGAGGAACAAUCUCGUGAUAUUACGACCUUUGUAACCCAUCGGGGGUUAUAG